AAAGAGCUUCGCAACGAAAUUGACUUAUUACAUCAUUUAGAUCAUCCGAAUAUCAUUCGAGCGUUCGAAGUGUACAGAGAUGGUCCUAAUCAUCUCGCGGUUGUUUUAGAUCUUUGUCGAGGAGGAGACUUGAACAGCCGUUUCCCAUACACCGAGAAAAACGCCGCUUACGUAGUAUUUCAAAUUGUGGAGGCUGUCCGUUUUCUCCACAGCCACCGUAUUAUGCACCGCGACUUAAAGCUCGAGAAUAUCAUGUUUGAAUUCGACGAUCCAAGCGAUUUUAGCAUUAAGCUGAUCGAUUUUGGUUUGGCCACCGUUUAUUCCAGCGACCGCAAAAUAUUUCACGAGUGCGUAGGAACCUUGUACACCAUGGCACCAGAGGUUUUACGCAAAAAUUACACUUGCCAAGCUGAUAUGUGGUCUAUCGGGGUAAUUGCGUUCCAUUUGUUGUGCGGGCACCGUCCUUUCCGGGCGUCUUCCAAAAGAAACCUCAAAAGACAAAUCUGUCAAGGGACAUCCUGCUUUCGGGAUCCAACAUGGAAGUCCUUACCCUGGGCGGCCCGAGAUUUUAUCCGCCGAUUGCUCCAGCCCGAUCCACAGCUACGGUGUACUGCAGAUGUUGCCAUUCGACACCCUUGGUUACGCGUGACAAAUGAAGUGUCUGCAUUGAGAACGCUCCCGGAAGACUCUCUAAAAGCUCUGGUAGAAUUUUCGAAUAGCAGUGAUUUUCACAAACUUGUGCUGCAAGUCAUUGCUCGGAAAGCGUCUGCAGCAGAUAUUCGUGGGCUACGCCAUAUUUUCUCCGACCUCGACUUGGGCAAAAAUGGCGUGAUCACAAGGACCGAAUUUAGAAAAGCUCUAACACGGAUCAAAAGUUUUGACAUAGAUCACGUGGACGAACUCUUCGACGAUCUAGAUGUCGACAAGAGCGGAGUCCUUGAGUACACAGAGUUCCUGGCUGCCGAACUUGGAUCACAUAUUGCUCUCAAAGAUUCUUGCUUGCAUGACGCGUUUCGAGAUUUUGAUACGGACGGCUCUGGAUACAUCACACGUCAAGACCUGCGAAGCAUAUUUGGUGAACAGGCAAGUGAUUUGUAUAUUGACAAGCUCAUUGAACAGGGCGAUUUCGGAGGUGAUGGCAAAAUCGACUAUCACGAAUUUGUUCGUCUGUGCGAGGGUGCAGGGAUUACAAUUAGCGCACAUACAUAA